AUGUCCCCGCCCAGCUUGAAGGACAAGCCAGAUGGAAUCCUGAAGCAGUUCCGCGAACAGCUCCAGCUCCAGGACCUCAUUCAUGAGGGCGAUACCAUUGGCACAGACGAUGCCAUUCUCCUGCGGUUCCUCCGCGCGCGACAGUUCGAUUUGAAGACCGCAACGACCAUGUGGGCCAAUUGUCAGCACUGGCGCAAGACCGUUGAAGGCGUCGGCAUUGACGAGCUCUACCGCAACCUCGAUCCCUAUGAUUAUCCCGAACGGGAGAAGGUGUUCCAGUGCUGGCCGCUCUGGUUUCAUAAAACAGACAAGAAGGGACGACCACUCAACAUCCACCAUUUCGGCGGCAUCAAUAUGCCGGAGCUCUACAAGCACAUUACGCCCGAGAGGUUCUGGCGUACAAUCGUCGUCAAUGCCGAGUCGCUUACGCGCGAGGUUCUCCCUGCGUCCGCCCGCGCGGCUAACCGUCAAAUCGACGGCACGUUCGUCAUUGUGGACCUGAAGGGCUUUGGCCUGAGUCAGUUCUGGCAGAUGAAAAAUCUUGCGCGGGACUCGUUUCAAAUCUCGCAGGAUUACUUCCCCGAGACCAUGGCGCAGCUCGCGAUCAUCAACGCGCCCUCAUCCUUCACGACAAUCUGGGGCUUCAUCAAACCAUGGCUCGCAAAGGAGACGCUCUCCAAGAUCGCCAUCCUCGGUACGGACUACAAGGACGUGCUUCUUGAGCAGAUUGAUGCAGAGAACCUACCUGAGAGCCUCGGCGGUACCUGCACGUGUGCCGAGGUUGGCGGAUGCAGGCUGAGCAAUGCGGGACCGUGGAUGGAGAACCGCAAGGAGCGCCGGGAAAGGUGGCUUCGCGGGGAGCGCAAGCGGAUCGGGCUCGGGAUGGAGGGCGAGGAUGAGGUUGAUGGAGUGCGGCAUUCACAUGGCAAGGCGGAGGAGACUGAUGGGCAGACGCAACCGGAGGCUGCCCAGAAGGCGGGGGACGCCCAGGAGCGGCCCGAUGCGGGUGAUGCGUCGACCUCCCAGAAAGCUGAGAAGCCCGAAACGCCUGAAGAAGAGGGUGCUCGAGCAUCUGAGCAAAUCGAGGAGGCCGGCCAAUGGGAGGAAGCACAGCCGACCACCGUAGAAGCAGGACAGGCGUCGGAAGUGCCGCCGCAGCCUCACCCACAGCCCAUAGAAGCUGCGAUGCCCCCCGUCGCUGCUGCAGGCGCGGACACUUACGGUAAGGCCACGGAGGUCGUCGACGCGCAGGGUGGCGCGGAGAAGGCGGGGGUGUCGCCAGAGAGCUCGGCCGAGAGCACGUCUGGGCCGCCGACGCCCUCAACGGAGUCCGAGUCGUCAUUCGUGGACGCGCGCUCGCAGUUCUCCACGCACUCGCAGACGUCGCAGGACUCGAAGGCCGGCAGGAGCGCGUUUCACAGGCUGAAGGCGAAACUGCCGAAGGUCGCGUCGUUCGGGAAGAAACUGUCGCUGCCACUGAGCCGUGAUACGAGUCCGGAGAAGACCAAGGAAAAGAGCCGCGAGUCAACCAGGGCACCAAGUCGUGACAAGAACCCUCAGGAGAUUCUUCCGCAGAGCCAUGAACAGCACUCGGUGGACGAGGUGUAUCAAAAUCACCCGGACACCAGGCAGCCAGAAAUGGGGGAUUUCCUCGAGCAGUGA